CAAUUAUAGACGGAGUAACGGUCUCUACUCUAACCGACACAGUUCUGGCUGAGUAAUCUACGGGCGGCAUUUAACUGCUAUCCAUCGUUAUCGAGAUGACGGCGGCUAUGGCGGCGGUACACAGCGGCAAGUGGCCGGUAAGAAAAGGCCGGCUCUCGGCACCGACGGAGCCUGACCUAAACACCUACCAAACCCCCUAAGACGCCUUCUAAGACGCCUUCUAAGACGCCAAGGCACCCCAUCUAGGUGUCCAGAGCUUGCGUUACGAAGGCCAUACAAGCUUCAGUGAUUUAUGAUCCGUUGAUAGAGCGUUUCAUUGUCAUACCACCAGCGCGGAUUUACGGCGUCGAGCGAUGAGCGAACACCUCCGUCUCACGCGAAGCUCCGCUCGAAACGCACACACUGACGUUUACAGAGCUUCGUCAGAAUCCUCAACGCCGAUGACAUAAAGGGUAUAGACACCAAGACAAAGCAACUCCAAUUGUUACCACUGCUAGAAACAAAACUAGUAUUUGACAUACUUCGAUCGUCAACUAUGGCUGGUAUUAUCCCUGCUGAAGCCGUUGUUGGCACUACUGUUGCUUUUUCCUUCAUACUAUUCGGUAAUGCUAUCACGCAGUCAUUCAUGGGUGGGCCCGCAUUGCUAGUCGACUUUCCGCCUCCCACGUCGCCCGACCAUGCCGCUCGCGCUCGAUUGCUUGGUCGACAGUGGCCGGUGUUUUGGGUUGUGGGUAAUAAUUUCUUCAGGCCCAUCAGCACGUUCGGCGUCUUUGGCUACGCGUACGCCUCUUGGGUAGCGUCUACCCAGGGGCCAGACAGCAAGCUCGGCGACUGGAGGCUAUAUGCCGUCUCCGCGCUAUGCCACCUUAUCACGGUGGUGCAUUCUGCAGCAAACCUGCAGCCGAUCAACGCGAAGAUCGAUGCCCUGCGCGAACCCAAGAGCGGCAAAUCAGACCCUAAGCAAGCUGAGAACUACGUGCGCCAAUGGAUCAAGUUCAACACCGUCCGCCUCAUCACCCCCGUUGUCGCUGGUACGCUGGCGCUAUCCCAGCUGCUGAAGCAUCACUGAGUAGAGCACCUAUGAGGACGUGUGCGCUUAAGGUAUCCAGCUAGUUUUCAUUAGACCCGACACGUUCGACACGAUGAUGCUGGGAUAUGAAAGCUACUAGUUAUUCUUCAACCUCGCUACUAUGUACCCCUCCUUGACGAUACUAUCUUCUUUGCAUUCCAUAUGUACCGGUAUCCGUUCGGCGGUUUACUUUGGGUUGGAAGGGGAGUUGGGAGUUACUAUUAGAUAUUUUGUUUCACGACCCUCUACCUACCUACCUACCUACCUAGCUAGGUACCAAGUUUAUACUUAC